GCCCCAUAUGUUGCCUUCCCCGCAGCUAAGCGCCGCUUGGCCGAAUCAGGAAAACAAAUGCCCGAUCACCAGCACUCCUCUCAAAAAAAUUACGCUAUACACGCCCUAGUCGCCAUCUCGAUGAGUCGAUGAACGAAGCAUAGGUACUUACAAGGACGCUGUACAGCUGGCGCAACAGCUUGUGCACUCGUGCGGACUCCGUACCAACAUCCAUUGUCGUCAUGAUACAGCCAGACAUGACCCAGAGCCCUUUCGCCUGGUUGCUAUUGCUACUCGGUGUUUCUGCCUUUGCAGCCCGGUGGGUUCUGAGAAGACCUCAAGCAAAGUCUACUUCACAACCAUUCGCGCCUCGCACAAAGCAGCAGCCAGAAUAUUCCGAAGAUGCAUACAACAGCAUCGAACCUCUGCAUAGUCUGCAAUUGGAAUCGGAGCAACCCAUUCAGCUCCGAACUUUCAAGCCAAAGUAUCACCUCACUAUGGCGCUCGAGAACACAACCAUGUCUGACUUAGUAGCCAUGGACAACACCUAUGAGUCGCGCAUCAAGCUUCGCUCAGACCUGAUUCGUGAGAAUCAACACGAUGUGCUUGCGCAUCGUCCAGUCGUUGGCCCAGCAGUUCUUGAGUUCUACACCUGGAUGCUGGAAUAUCUCCCUUCCCGCUUUCCCACCGUAUACACCCGCACACCUAGCGGCCUCCUCAAUACCAUCACCAACCUCACCCUCCCACAAAAUAUCACAGACACGGAGCAAGCCCUCUCCCUCCUCGGCUCAAACGUCGACACCGAUUUCCUAUUCCUCCUGCCCAUCCCUGCCACCGACUCCGAUCCCCCCCCCUCUGAAGGCACAAAAUACCACCUCGAAGGCUUCAUAACCUGCUUCCCCUCAGGCUUCUCCACGCGCUCCAAGCUCGGCCUCUCCCUUGCCGCCAUCCACACGCCCGUCCCAGGCUACGCCACAAAACUACAAAAGUCAAUGGACCGCUUCUUCGCCGCCCUCCCCGUCGGCCGCAUCGUCAAGCGGCACAAUUGGACCAUCAACACACGGCCCGACCUCUUCGUGACCAGCGGAACGCACAUCCACUCCGACGACGAACUCACAGAGGCCGAUGCACAGGAGGAGGUGGACCUCAGCAGGACGGUGCUGCGGUGCGAGAGGCAAACGCUGCACCGGCUGCCGGGGACGGGAGCGUUGGUAUUUGCGUUCAAAACGUAUACGUAUCCGAUAGAGCAGGUGCGGGCGGAGGGGAGUGGGGAGGCGCUGGCGGAGGCGAUUGAGGGGCUGGGGAGGGGGAACGUGCCUGAGAUGACGGUGUAUAAGAGGCAGGUGGUUUGGGCGCCAAAGGUUACUGCGUUUUUAAGGGGGGAGAUAGAC